CUCUAAUAUUCGUCGCAUAGUGGUUGGCAAAUUUGCAGGCGCGUACUUAAAUAGAAGAAAAUCCUUUUACUUAUGAGAUUACAGACCGCCCGAGAAAAAUCAAAAUUUUGGCCAUAUACGAUUUACGCUUGUAAAUAUAAGUGAAAAGAUUUGUGCUUAAUUCACGCUCAUUAAAACAAAACAAGCUGAUUUACAACUCAUACACGUUGGAGACAUGGGAGAUGAUUUCCUAGGGAAAGCCGUUUCAAUAGAAUGCGAUGCUAAGCUCGGUGUGUUUCAAGGGGUGAUUAAGGACAUAUCUGAAUCGGAGAUAACUAUUAUUCGUGCAUUUCGCAACGGUGUUCCUUUGAAGAAGCAAGAUGCGGAAGUGACUUUACGAGCAACAGAUAUUGUGAAUAUUUAUUUGAUACCGUCUUUUAAUGGCCAAAAUACUGUCACGCCAGUAGAUUUAAAAAAACCGACAACGGUAAAAUUGCCGGGCUUCGCAAAUGCUGGAAAAAUUGUUUUGGCAUUAUCUCACAAUAAAGAUGCAUUAGAAAGAGAUCACUCCUCCUCGUUACCUAAUUCCAUUUACCCAAAACCCAAAGACAACAUAAGUGAACUCACAGAUAAAAUAGCCAAAGUAAAAGUAGAUUCCAGCAAGUAUAAAAGUGUUCAAAAUUUGGAGAGUAGAGUAGUUGAAAGUGGGAAAGUGCCUUGCAAUAAUACUGUUAGGGAAUUCUUUGGAAACUUGCUUCCGCCCAAAGUAGAAGCCCGACUGGGAGCGGCUCAAUUUCCAUCAUCUCCCAAUUCAGUGCAUGUCUAUGACGCUGAUAACUUUGAUGUUGCAAAUGCCUUAUGUGAACAAGCCUCCGCUAGUUCAAGGCCCAUUGAUAUAAAAGUUAAAAAGAAUAACUAUGGAAUAACUGGCUUUCCCAAUGGUCCGGAUAUUUCCGUUAGUGCAAACGGAAAUGGAAAUGCCAGACUACGUUAUGGCAAUAAUGGCUCCAGUAACAAUGGGAGCAAUCGUAAACAACGAAAACAGCUACGUAAAGACGGUAACAUGAAGCACAACCAAACUUUCAGCGCCUCAGUAGAUGAUCCAAUAUUACAAGAAGAUUUUGAUUUUGAAGGAAAUUUAGCUCUUUUUAACAAGCAAGCAAUUUGGGAUAUAAUUGAAGCCGAACAAAAGCCGGAUUUGGUGCGCCAAACUUCAGGUGCAAUUAAAAAAUAUCGCCACGAUGAGAAUAUAUUGGUUAGUGAGCCCGUAAGACUGCGACAGAUUGAAAAUAUUUUUGACGGCUCUACAGACUUUGUUACUGAUGAAGGACUCAUAAUACCAACAAUCCCAUCGUUUGUACGAGCGAAAAUUGAAAGUUUAGCAGAAAAGGGAGGUCUUUCUUUGCCAAGACAAUUGGAUAUACUAACAAGGGGUGUUACUGAUCUUGCCAUAUUAUUACUAGGGGGCGCGAGAAGACUUACACCUACUAAUUACCACCAAUGGCCAAUCAUUGUUAUUAUAUGUGCAAAAUCAAGUAAUUUAAGAACUAGUGAUAUUGGCGCUGCUACCGGUCGUCAAAUGGCGUCGCAUGGAUUAAAAGUUUUACUUUAUUUGGAAGAUGAAACUGUGAAUAAUAAAAGCAAAGAGAUUGCGCUUUUCAGCGCUACGGAUAAUGUUGUUGUAUACUCAGUCGAUGAACUGCCUUCUCCUGAUCUCGUAAUUUUAUCAACAAAUUCAAAUACCGUAACGAAUGAAGUCAGAAAAUGGUUGAGUGAAAGUAGGGCAUCAGUUCUUGCAGUUGAUCCACCACCGGAAGGAAUUAAGGAUGUGUGCAUUAAAUAUGCAAUUUUACCGAUAUUACCUUUAAAUGGCAUUUCAUCCAAUAACUAUGGAAAAUUAUAUUUAUGUAAUUUAGGUAUACCGGAUAAAUUUUAUCGUGAUGCUGGGAUUAAAUAUAAAAGUCCGUUCGGCCACAAAUUUGUGAUACCAAUACACUUAAAGGAAUGAAAGAGAAGAUGUAAUGAAAGAGAAUGCUUCAACAAAUGUUUACCUAUGAGAGUCGAUGUUUAUUAUGAAAAAGUUUUUUCAAGUGCACAAGAAAAAGUAAAAUGAUUUGUAUACACUAAA